AUGAGCUCAAGUUGCACCCUUGUGGCCGAUCGCACCGAUGAUGCCGUGCAAAUGUUGCUAGGCUUCAUCGCACUGUCCUCACUGUACGCCAAAUGGCACUUUGAACGUCCGCGACGGCCAGCCAAAGUCUGGUUCUUCGAUGCCAUGAAGCAGGGCACGUCGGCCGCUAUGAUCCACGUCAUGAACAUCCUGUACGCCAUCGGGCUCGUCGACUUCUCGGACACUCCCAGCGACCAGGAUCAGUGUGCCUUCUACUUCAUGAACGUUGUAAUCGACACAACUCUCGGCGUGUACAUCGCCUAUUUACUGUUGCAACUGUCCACUCUCGUAGCAGUGCGGCAACAGUGGACGAGUCUGCGAUGCCACGGAUACUACGGCUCGCCGCCAUCGUGGCGAGUCUGGUGGAUUCAGCUGCUUCAGUGGUGCACCAUCUUAAUUAUCAUGAAGUUUUUCGUUGGUGUGGUGCUCUACGCCUUCUCGACCCCACUGGGCUGGAUGGGAGCACUACUGUUCUACCCUGUGCACAACCACCCUAAAAUCGAACUUCUAAUCGUCAUGAUUGGCUGUCCUCUGGUCAUGAAUAUGGUGCAGUUCUGGAUCCAAGACAGCUUCUUGAUGGACCACGACCAACAGAACAGUGAGGAAAUCCCCUUACUGGAUUCUUCAGUGGAGGCGGUACAAAAGCAACGUGGCUUGUCGAAUGUCUCCAGCGCAGCCGAUAUGUACGAGAUUCUGCGGACGCAUCCACGAGAUGUCAUUGUGCGCAUUGGAUAA